AUGAGUCGUAGGCGAGCACAUGAGGAUGACGAUGGAUACGAACGUGUGUAUAAGAAACGUAGAAGGGUGUCAGAGAAUCAAGAGAUCGAGGAUCGUCUUGAGUCUCUUAUUUUGCGGGUUGGGGAGAAAUCUACAUCGUCAUUGGAAAGUAACUUAGAGGGCUUAGCUUCGGUGUUAGAAGCUGAUCUUGGGCUAUUUCGAAGUAAAAUUCUUCGAAUCCUCACCGAUUGUGCAAUUAAGAUGCCAGAGAAAUGUACAAUAUAUACUACAUUGGUAGGGUUAUUGAAUGCUAAGAACUUUAAUUUUGGGGGAGAGUUUGUUGAUUACAUGGUAAGAAAUUUCAAAGACUCGUUGAAAGCAUGUAAGUGGGAUGCUGCAAGGUAUUCUCUCAGGUUUUUAGCAGAUUUGGUAAAUUGCCAUGUCCUAUCUUGUGGAUCGUUAAUGCAAUUAUUUGACAAUAUGCUGGAUGCAGCUAACGAAGAUGGCGUACCACAAGUUCGACGUGAUUGGUAUGUGUUCGCUGUUCUUUCAACAUUACCCUGGGUAGGGAGAGAGCUUUAUGAGAAGAAAGAACAAGAAUUGGAUCACUUAAUGGUGACGAUUGAAAUAUUUUUAAACAAACGUAGCAAGAAACACCAACCUGCUCUCAGAGUCUGGUCAAGCGAUACUCCGCAUCCACAAGAGGAGUAUUUAGAUUGUCUGUGGGCUCAAGUACGAAAACUCAGGCAGGAUAAUUGGGCUGAGAAACAUAUUCCGAGACCCUAUCUUGCCUUUGACUCUAUUUUAUGUGAAGCCUUGCAACAUAAUUUGCCAACUUUACUACCUCCUCCUCAUCAUGAGUCUUAUUUGUAUCCAUUACCAACUGUUGUGUUUCGAAUGUUUGACUACACGGACUGUCCAGUUGAAGGACCGCUUUUACCAGGUAGUCACGCCAUAGAAAGAUUCCUUAUUGAAGAACACCUGAGACAGAUUAUCGAUAACCAUUACUUCGAAAGGAAAGACUGCGCUGCACACUUACUAAACUUUCCUUAUAAGUCUAAAAUUCCACUGGACUAUUGUGUAGUAGAAGUAAUGUUUGGAGAAUUAUUUAGACUUCCAACGCCGAAGUAUUUGGACAUUUGUUACGGUUCGAUCUUAAUUGAGCUCUGUAAAUUACAACCGUCCACAAUGCCUCAGGUUUUGGCCCAAGCUACAGAGAUAUUGUUCCGUCGUAUUGAUAGUAUGGCUGCAGCAGCAUUUGAUCGAUUUGUUUGGUGGUUUGCUUAUCAUCUAAGCAACUUUCAGUUCCGUUGGUCGUGGGAAGAUUGGGAUUCAUGCCUUCAAAGAGAUGCUGAACAUCCACGACCAAAGUUCAUUAGGGAGGUACUGCUUAAAGCUCUGCGGUUGUCAUACUAUCAGAGGAUUCGUGAUAUGAUGCCAGAAACUUAUGCAGAAUUAAUUCCUGCACCUCCAGAGCCUGUAUACAAAUAUUCUUCCGAAGGAGCAAGUGCUCUUCCGGGUACUGCAGUGGCCCAUGAACUGGUCGUUUCAAUUCGGAGGAAGUGUACACCGGAGGAUGUUUUAAAUGUUUUGAAUACUUUGCCUGGGCCUGGGGAAAACGAAGAGCAGAAUACAUUUAAUCCUUUGAAAAUUGACGUUUUUGUACAGACUUUAUUGAAUCUGGGAUCCAAGAGCUUUAGUCAUAGUUUUGCAGCUAUAGGAAAGUUCCAUUACGUUUUUAAGGUCCUAGCGGAGACCGAAGAGGCGCAGAUUUGCAUUUUACGAAAUAUGCAUGCCUUGUGGAAGAAUCAUUACCAAAUGAUGGUAGUGCUGACGGAUAAAUUUCUGAAAACUGGGAUUAUCGAAUGCAGCGCAAUUGCUAACUGGAUAUUCUCCAAAGAAAUGCUCUCCGAAUUUACGAAGUUGUACAUUUGGGAGGUAUUGCAUCUGACCAUUCGUAAGAAGAACAAACACGUUAUUAAAUUAAGCAACGAGUUGUCGGAAGCCAAAGAAAAAUUGAGAAGAGCUGAAAGCAGAUCAGGAUCUUCUUCUGAGGAUGAGGAUAAUAAUAAGGAAAAAAGUGGAGAAAGGCCAACCGAAGAUGUGGUGGAACGUAUGGAGGAAAAACUAGAAGCUGCACAAGCCGAUCAGAAGAAUUUAUUCCUAAUUAUUUUCCAACGAUUUAUCAUGAUAUUGUCCGAACAUUUAGUUCGGUGUGACACUGACGGUGUGGACUACAACACGCAUUGGUACAAGUGGACCAUUGGAAGACUUCAGCAAGUCUUCUUGACUCACCAUGAACAAGUUCAGAAGUACUCGUCCACAUUAGAGACACUUCUUUUUACUCCGGACUUAGAUCCGCACAUCCUCGACGUGUUCCACCAGUUUGUGUCCUUGCGGGCAUAAGGGCCUUUCAUUUUACAAAAUGUGAAAACAGUCGAAUGACCAUGUGAAGUGUCAGCUGGUUCUAAUGUCGGACGUCGUUUUCAUAAAAAAAAAAAAUGUAUCACGUUUCAGUUUGGUUUACUUGUAAAUCAGACGCAGCCCUUUGGCGAAGAAAGAGUGAUCUUGAAUAAGAAGUGCACAAUUAAUACAGAUACCCUCUAAGUGUCUCUUAACAAUUGUACAUAACAAUUGAUUGGACGCAGAGGAAAUUAUUUAUUUCACUGAAAAUAGUUACAUAUGACUUUAUAUGAAGAGGUAUCGAAAGUAUUAUCAGGGUGCGAUUAAGUCCAAUGUGUGUUUAAUUUUCGAAUGCUCUCUUUUUCAAAGUGAGUUCAAAAGAUUUUUUUUAAUAUCAAAGGUGUUCAAAUAAAUAUCUUUUUUUUUUUUGUAUUCUUCAUCGGUUUAUUUCGUGAAGCCAUAAAUAACAUUUUAGAAAUGCUCUUUUGACAUGGUGAAAUUACUAUUCACUUGUUCCUGUACAAUUUUGAAUUUCUAGCUUAACCUAUUGAUGUACGUAUUUUCCAUUUUUUAGUGACGCGAAAAACAGUAUAUAUGUAUAUGACCUUAUAUUUAUAUUUCACGAUCCUCGUUCGCCAGGGUCUUGUAAAGAUAUGUAUACGACGGAGGACGUCAAAUUUGGAUAGGUACAUAGCUCGCAACUAAUCAUUGUAUUUAUAUUUUAAAUAUUUCUAAAUAAGUUGUAAGUCAUACAAUCCUCGAUUAUUGGUCAACAGUGCAAAAUACAGAUUCCGAAUAUUACUGUAAUGUUAUAUAUCAGAGGUAUUAUUGUAGCUGUUAUAACAACGAUGGCCAAUUAAAGUUAUACAUUAUAUUGUACAGACCUGUCAAUUAUUCGAUGGCUGGACUUAGCAAGCAUCACUUGAACAUAAGUGGAAUCACUUACAUAACUUUUAAGUAAAAGGAACGCAACAUUUAUUUCAAUAUUGUGUGUACUUAGAAAGUCUAUAAAAAGAACUACUUGAAAAUGCAAA